AUGCCAGAAUACACGCCUCUCCUCGGUCGGUCGCGCAAUGGCAACAGCAGAAAUGCUAUACCAUGGAGCAAACGACUACACCACUUCACAUGGGCGAACUUCGAAGUCACUAUGUCGACUGGCGCUCUAGCAACGCUAAUCGGCCAGCAGCCCUACGAGUUUCCCGGAAAUGUUGCAAUUGGCUCGUUCUUCGCGGUGUUCAACAUCAUCCUGUUCGUCACAUUCACCGGGUUGAUUGCAUACCGUUUCAGCUCCGUCCGAGGCAGUCUGGCAAAGAGUCUCCACCAUCCCCAUGAGAGCUUCUUCUUCGGUGCCUACUUUGUGAGCCUUGCGCUCAUCCUGUACUGCGCCGAUUUGUACCUAGUCCCGUUGUGCGGUGACUGGCUGCUCAAAGCAAUUGAGACGCUGUACUGGACAUACGCUGGCGUUUGCAUGCUCUUCACAGUGUUCCAAUACCAUGUCAUCUUCGACCGUGUGAAGCUACCAGUCACUCACGCGCUGCCAGCAUGGAUCCUGCCCGUCUACCCAUUCCUGAUGCUCGGCGUGGUGGGCAGCGCCAUACUGAAAAACCAGCCUGCGACAGUUGGCCUUCCCAUCUUCAUCGGCAGCAUCGCCUUUCAAGGCCUGGGCUUCACAGUUGCAUACUUCUUCCUGACGAUCUACGUCACACGCCUCGUCAACAGCAACCUCCCCGAUCCACCAAAGCGGCCAGCAAUGUACGUCGCCGUCGGACCGGCAGCGUAUACAGUCAACACAUUCGUGGCGCUCGGCAUGCAAGCGCCGAAGCACAUCCCAGAGGGCUUUUUGGGAAUCGACAGUAUCCCCAUUGGCGAUGUGUUCAAGGUCAUGGCUGUCGCUAUCGGCGUGUUCCUGUGGCUUGUGUCGUUCUUCUUCAGCGCGCUGAGCACCGUCAGCGUGCUGAUUUCUGCGAAGGACUCGCACUUCACGCUCAACUGGUGGGCGUUCAUUUUCCCGAACGUGGGCUUGGUCGUUGGACUCCUGCAGCUCGGAGAAGCCCUCGAUCUCCCCAGUGUGCAGAAGAUUUGCACAGGUGCGACCGCCGUGCUCACAUUGCUUUGGAUAUUCUGCGCCAUCAUGCAUGUUCGCGCGCUGUCGAGGAAAGAAGUGUUGUGGCCAGGCCAGGACGAGGAUAUGGAGGAUAUGGAUGGCAACCCAGAGGACAUGGAUGGCGAGGAUGAGAGUGAUGAUGGGGCGUGA